UACAAACAUGUCUUUACGUCUCCAAGCUCAGUAGAUAAGGAGCCAAAGGCCACGCGCUCCGGCAACGCUUAUCUUCACGGUAUGAAAUGUGUGACUCAAGGAUCCUUAGCUUAUAUUGCUACGCAGGCACGCACAUUUGAUUGUACAUGCUUUCUCUCGCUGAUCUCUUCGUCGGUAUUUUCACGUACCGACACAGUCACGGACUCCGAAAAUUUUUACCAUAGCAUUCUUGACUUGUUGGAGGAUCCUGAUGAGAGUGAGGAGGUGGCUGACCUUAUGACAUGGUGGACUCGUCGCAUUUUUCCUAAUUCUUCUUCUUCGCUGCGCAGUAUCAGCAAAAAUAGUGCGCUGUCAAAGAUUCGGGAAAAACGCGCUGCCUUGUGA